AUGAAAAAGGGUAAUUUACCUCUUGAUACAGCAUUCGAACCUGUGGAAGAAGCUCAUCAACCAUCUCCACAAACCAUGUAUCGAUCGCAAAAUAAGAACAAAAAGCAAAACAUUACCUUUACGAAUAGCGAAAAAACAGAUUCUCAGAGUAGCAGCAUUUAUAAAGAUAUUCUCAGUCAGCCCGCACCAGACUUGUCUCACCGUCAGAGGCUGCUGUGGCUUCAGAAACGACGUACCGAAGGUCUUUGGGUGCAAUGCGACGACUGCGAUAGCUGGCGGUAUCUGCCAAGUGUUUUAGACAGCCAUGAGUUGCCCAAGAAUUGGUAUUGUAGGAUGAAUCCAGAUUCUUCAUUAGCAUCCUGUUCAAUACCAGAAGUGCCGAUCCAUAUUCGCGAUGAGGAAGAUCUUAUCCACAGCGAGUACGCUGCAGGGUCUUUAGUGCUAGCUCGAAUGCCAGGCUGGCCAUGGUGGCCAGCAAUGGUCGAUGACUGCCCUGAUACCGAACAGUAUUAUUGGCUCGAUGGGUUCUCCGAUAUUCCGACUCAUUAUAAUGUGGUAUUUUUUGAUGCAUUGGAAGUAACAAGAGCAUGGAUGACUCCAACUCAAUUGAAACCCUAUCCAGAAAAUAAGCACCUGCUCAAAUCCGCUCUAAAGAGAAAAAGUUAUAAUAAACGUUUAGCAGAAGCUGCAAUACAAGCAAAUGAUGCAGAGAAUUUAUCACUAUCUGAACGUCUAAUCAAGUAUAGUUUUGUAGCAAGAUAUAAAGGAACAAUAGCUAGCCCGAAGACGAUUACUAAAAAUGAUAUGCAAAAGUAUAAAGACCGUUUUAAAAGAAAGUUCAAUAUCGACCUCCCUAACGAUUCCGAUUCUGAUGAAAUUGAUGAAAGUCAACCCAGUAACAAGAGAAACGUAAUAACGUUGGGUAAGAUAAAGAAAAAUAAUGGCACAGAUAUAAAUGAUGAUCAUUCAAUCCAAGAAUCAUCGUUAAAUGUACAAGUUGACACUAAUUCAGAUUUAGUAAAAGAAACCGUAAAUGGUAAUUCUCCAAAAUAUCCUGACACUAUACGCCAGACUAAUAUAAUGGAAGAUCCUCAGGACACACUUCACCGUACGGCAUCUGUAGCUAGUGACGAUUUUGAUUUCUAAAUUUUUAUUGAACAUAAUGUUAU